AUGACAAGUCCACCCGUUCCAGCUACAGAUCCCCCAGUCACCAGUCCACCUACUCCUCAAGCUACGACGACGGCACCGGAUCAGGACGCGGUUUGUCAGGCAUCUGCCACGGACUGUCAAACUUGUCUCGGGGCUAGCUGCGCCUGGUUCCCCAGUGUACAAGCUUGCGAACUCGAUUGUACCGGUCUCGCCGAUACCGAGUGCUUUGCCGCAUCUGAUUCGCCGGAUGUUAGCCCCACGGAAAUUUGUCAAGUCAUUGCCACGGCCGCACAAGAUCGUGAAUUGUGUGCCGCACAAGAUGCCACCGAUUGUGCAACCUGUCUCGCCACCAUGCAGUCGGAUGGAUCACCGUGUCAAUGGUACGUCGAUCCAGACAAUGGAGGACUUUCCUGGUGUGGUACGGGAACCUGCAAUAUGGAAGGCAUUUGUGGCAGUCAAACUUGUGAUGACAGUGCUGCCACACAAGAACCAGUACAAGAAGAAGACACGUCGUCGUCAAAUCCCUGCUCGCAAUUCAAUGGAUACGGAGCCGAUGGAUGUCCUCCGUGUUUGUCCAGUUCGGACAAGUGUGCCUGGAGUAUCGAUACCUGCCUGCCAAAUUGCGAUAUCAUUGCCGAUGAUGCUCCCUGUUUUCAUGCCGAUUCACGGCCCAACACCACCAUCGGAGAACUCUGUGAUUUGGCAUCGGUCAAUACACAAGAUGCCAAAUUGUGUGCCCGCAAGAAUUAUUGCUUCACCUGCACGUCCACUCUUCAGACGGACGAAAAAACACCCUGUGCUUGGUACAAGGACGAAGCGGGUAACGAAUGGUGUGGGACGGGUGGAUGCGAUUCCAACGGUGUUUGUGGUGAAACCGAUGAAACUGUCUGUCAAGUACCCACCGAGACUCCCGUUACAAGAGCUCCCACAGUGGCAGAGAUUAUUAUCGACGAUACAAGCGCCAGUACCAGUGGAGCUAAACGGCGACAAUCAUUAUUCUCGUGGCGACAAUACAAUGUUGGACUUGCCGUGACGGUGUUGUUGCUGACGAUGGUAGGCGUCGUGUACUAA